AUGGCGAUCACACGAAGCCAGACCGCCAAAACGAGAGAUGGCCUUCGGAGCCGCCUACCACAGCUUCAAAAGGCGCACGAACGCUCGCGAGAAGAAGUCCACCCCUCAAUUCUGCGGUCAGCGAAGGUGAGAAAGGAAAAGCUCCAUGUCAGAAGACACAGGUUACAGCGCAUAUGCGACUCGAUUCUCGGUCCCAAACCCACCUUUCCUGGCACCAUCAUCAUACCCGACUCAGUCGUUGCGAAACUCGAAGACGCCACACGCCUACAAAACAUAGAAAACGAUCUUAAACUACGCCAAGCACAAGUCUGUUGGGUCGAUGGCUCGAACCGGAAUGGCUUUCUAGGUGCUGGUGUGGUAUGGCGCGAUUCUGAACAGCUUUACUCAGCCAGUUACCAGCUCGGUCCAAACACUAAAGGCGACAGCACCGACGCCGAAGUCAUCGCCAUCGCCGCCGCCCUGGGACGAGCGAAGAAAUACACCCAGAGGGGGCAUCAGUAUCAACUUGUCCGGAUUUACUCAGAUGCUCGCGAAGUAUUGAAACAUAUUAGAAAUGGUACCUGCCACGCCGUAGGGCCGCUGUUGGUGAGGAAGACUGCGCUUGAGGGCUUAUACGCACGCGCAUAUUGGCUUAAAGCGCACAAGGUACGCGUCGAGCUGAUAUGGGUCAAAGGGCAUGCCAACAGCGAGGGGAAUCAAUCGGCGGAUGCAGUUGCUUCCAAUGCAGUGUCUGAACAGAUCAUCACUCGUAACGCGACUCCAUCCACUUCCUGCAUUCCCAAGACUGUAAACGACGUCCCAGAUCUGUGGAAGAGUCUUGGUCAAGAUUGGGUCGAUGAGUGGCUCUGGCGUGCAAAUGAUGCUCGGACGCGGACUAGUCGGAACCUAACAGGAGACGUUCGUUGGAAGCAGGUAGUGGCAUGGCAGCGAUCACACAACAUGCAGUAUCCACUGCGGUCCCUUGUGUUCAAGUAUAAAAUCAGGACCUCCAACACGCUCUGA